UUAUGGUUGCGUUUUUGUUUACGGAUGUUUACGUUGCCUAACCUGUCUGUUUAAAAAUAGUGUCAAUGGGUGAAAGUAGCCACAUGAAAGAUGUGGCAUAUUGUGUUUACGAAAAAUAAUGUUGCAAAGAAUUGGCGGUACAUAUGAUACGUCUCAGUUAACUGAAAAAAAGUCGUUGAACGUAACAUGAAGAAAACCGAUCUAUGUGAACCUGUUUUUCAUCUUAUUUUGCACUAUAAGAGGAAUGUGUAGUAAUUUUAUAUACUCACAUAGAUCUUUGCUUGUGAAGGACAAGACAAUAGUACAUUCCAAAGAUGCAUGAACUUUUUAUGCAGGUUCUAGGAAAAAAGGAUCUAUCAAAGGCGGGUGAUUUAUUUUCUGUAGCUGAUCAGGCUAUAGUAAAUGAUCUGACAGAAGUUGUGAAUACUAUUGCAGAAAUUACCAGUUUGCCUGAUUAUGUGAAUAAUGACAAUGACCAGAGUGUUGUAGAAAUCUGCAUUACUCGUGUUACGUCAUGUAUAAGAGAAACUGGCUCAAUCCAGCAACAUUCUGAAGCUUUAGUUGGCUUGUUGGAAUCAUGUUUGAAUCACAAUUUAAAACCAUCCCCGAAAGAUGAGGAUCCACCUCAUGCAAAAAUAGCCUCCGAUAUAAUUUCUUGCAUUUUUCUGAAUUAUGGCAAAAAGGAUGUUAUGAAAAGAGCAUUGCCAGUUGCUGUAAAAUUCCUGCACAAAGGCAACAAGGAGCUUUCUCGUAAUAUGGCCUCUUAUCUUUCGCUUGCAGCUAUAGAAAAUGCUGACCUUUUAUCGCAACAUAUACAACUUAUCAUUGAUUCAAUAAUAUCAGGAAAUUACCCCCUGUGUCGUGUGCUUCCACAAAUGUAUGCUGUUAAUAAGGAACCUCUUCACGAUCAUGUGAUGGCACUUGUAUCAUUGAUGCCACUAUGUGAUAACUCAGAGAAAUUGGCACUGUUAAAUCUGUUUGCUCUUAUCGCAAAAGAGAAACCACAGUUGCUGGAACCUAGCUUACCCCAGCUAUGCGAGUAUUUAAGUGCUGGUCCUACUGCAUCAGCCACAUUACAAGUAUUCUUGGACAUGGCAGGAAAAAGACCUCAGCUGUUGCUGGAUCACGUACCAAAAAUAAAACAAACUGCUGAGAGUUAUCCGAAUACACUUUGUCUAGCUGCACAAGUCAUUUCAUCUGUAGGAAAACUGAGCAAGGACCGGGCACAGGAGGCACUGAAUUUUGUGUUAGAGCAGUUGCACAAAGCAGACCGUGGGAGUCAGGGUACGCUGCUCAGAGAAGCAACAUUGCUGUGUAGCAGUUAUCCAGUGUUGUUCACAGACAAGAUGUUGGCAGAGGUGCGUGGGCACAAAACCCAGACCAACUCAGUCCCAGCUGCACAGCAUCCUGCACCAGUGCACAGUUCGCAGGUUAAUCAGACUUGUGGAGGUGUAACAAUUGUGAAAGUUGGAGGAAGUAGACCUGAUCUUCAACAGCAACAGCUUCUUCAUUCUCAACAACAGUCUGCCUUGACAUCUGUUGCAGCAAACAAAGAACUUGUUUGCACAUCUCAAAUGGUCAGAAUGCAGCAGGAAGGUGGAUGGCUAAAUCGUCAAGAAGCAAAUCGACUGGUAGUUAGUCGACCAAGAUUGGGAGGUGAUAGCCGUAGUACAGGUCGUCUGCACACAUCAGCUGCCCAUCGGAGCAUGACACGACUUAAUGUUGGUGGCAGUCGUGUUGGAUCUGUGGGAGGUUUGCAUAAGAGCAUGACAAGAUUGAGUUCAAGCCAACAGAUAAACCAGAUUUCUGUUGCAACUGCAGCCAGUGGAAAUAGGAGUGUUACAGCUAUCAAUGGAGCAGGAGGUGGAGGGAGACAGUACCAUGCGUCAGCUGUUGCCGCAGCGGUGCCACAUCACCAACAUGUCUCGAGUGGUGGUGUGACUGUCACCACAACAGCAUCACCAAGCAAAAAUAGCAUGGGCAGUGGUACAGGGUUGAGAGAUGACCUAAUGCUAUCAAUCUCUACAUCAUACCCGCAGCCCACUACUCAACCAGGUCCAUUAGUUAUCCAAGCAGGAGGUGGGAAUAACAAUGUUUGUCUGAUGAGUCAGUCAGGGACACGACUGGCAGCAACAGCAGUCUCCAGUGGCCGAUCCUGUCUCAGUGGCUCAGGAAAUGUGGCAGCUAGUCCACCACCUCCAGUUACAUCUGCUGUCACUACCCGACGCCCUAAUACAAGCGUCACUAUUAUUAACAAUUGUCAGAACAGUGUAGCUGCUACUGCUCAGAGAAUUAGUGUUUUUGAGCCAUACCCAAUGCGGGAUACAGUUCAACACUUUUGUGAAAAACAUUUGGACAAGAUAAAAUCUUACAUGGACAAAGUAUCAGUACGAAUACCACCACCAGCAAAGUGUACAAUUGAAGAGAGGCGAGCUAAAAAGGUGGCAAAAUUGCAUUUUGCAUGUCAAGGACGUGGUGAACAUUGUCUGUACAACAGAACAUUCUUCACAAUGAAGACUAGAAAUCCACGUAUUUGGAUUCAUCUUAUGUUCUUAGCUCUACAGGCACGCUCCGAUUCAGCACUCAGUUCACGUGAUUCUUCUGUCAGUAGUCUGAAAAAUUGUUGGGACAUUCUGAAGUGCGAGAAUAAGACAUUUUUGACACUAGUCACAUCUGCUUUUCCAUGUUCAAAGGAUCAAGAUGCGUUAUUGAAUGAACUCAGGCAUAGUGGUUUCUUUGAUGUAUUUGAAUGUUCUGGAGGACAGUGGGGUUGUUUUCUAUGCAACCAUCCAGAGAGAGCAGUGGGUUUCCUUCAAGACAGCCAGCCAGUUAUUGAAGGACAGUUGAAAGAAAAGAAAGGUCGCUGGAAAAUUUUCAGAAGGUGGAGGACGCGAUAUUUCACACUUUCUGGAGCACAUCUUUCCUACAAAGGCUCGAAAGAUGACAAGGAUGUUACCCCUAUAGAAGUAAACCAAAUAAGGAGUGUUAAAGUGAGUCGAGGUGCUCGCAAUAUCCCAAAAGCAUUUGAGAUAUUUACUGGAGACCAGUCACUCAUACUGAAACCAAAGGAUGGAAAAAAUGCAGAAGAAUGGGUGCAGUGCCUUUCAAUUGUUGUUGCUCAUUCUCAUUCUCGGGAGGUACCUGCUAAAAGUAAUUCACUUCCUGCUCGAGGAGCCAGCUUACGUACUGCUGUUUGAAGUUAGAUUGUUUUAUUUGAGAAUGUAUAUAUGGCACCAUCAUACUAAACAUAUUUUUAUAGUACUUAAUAGAGAACAACAGCCAUUAACACACUCCAGGAUUUGCUUAGAAUGCGGGUCUCCGUGUGUGUGUGUGUGUGUGUGUGUGUGUGUGUGUGUGUGUGUGUGUGAUGGCAUCAUUGUCAAUAAGACAUUAAUAAUAUUAAGAAGUAAAUUUAAGAAAUCUUUUAAAUAAGAUCACAAGUGAUAUGUGGGCCAUACUGAACAUACAUGAUACCUUCUGUAAUGUGUCUGUAUCCUCUCUCUCUCUCUCCAACCCACAGAAAGAUCUUUUUGUGCAAGUUGUAAAAAUUGUUCCCCAAUGUAAAUAUGGUGAUGUGUCAUUGCUUGUUUCAAGAUUUUUCUAUGGUAAUCAAUUUAAAGAGUAUACUUUGAUAUAAAGAGAUUUUCUACACUUUCUGUCAGUCCUUAGUUGUCACACCUUUAUGGGAGACUGAACAUCGAUUGUAAGGUUCCCGACAGAUUGUGACAUCAAUUGAAAAUACUUGUUAGUUGUCUACUUGGAGAAACCUGAGGAAUUGUGUUUUCACACACACACACACACACACACACACACACACACACACACACACACAC